AUGCCCUCUCCCAGCACGCGACACCGUGUUAUCGCUCUGUACAAAGAACUUCACAGGCUAGGGCGAGACUAUCCAGACCCAUCUUAUCACUUCAACCACAAGAUACGACGGAUGUUCGAGAAGAAUAAGGAUCUAACGAAGGCAGAGGACAUCGAGAGGGCCAUCAACUUUGGGGAAUACAUCAGAAAUGAAACACUAGCGCUGUAUUCUCUUCGCAAAUAUCGACACCUGAAGCGGAUGUAUCCCGAAAGCGAUGGAAAAUUCGAUUCACCUGACCCAGGCCCAAGGAAUGCCUGA